AGGAGAACGCGGUGGCUGUGCACACACACAACCAACAGCACCGGGAGAACUCGACGGAAACUGCGUCUGCUCGGCUCUUAUCGCUUUUUCUUCAUGGUACAAAACAAGACUUGUUCUUUACCAGAGAUCAUGGGAGGAUGUUGACAUUUGACUUCACCACUAGCAAAAGGAAACCCAUUAGAGUUGCCUAAAGACACUGGUUGGUGCACAGUGACAACAUGGCUGCCCAUCGAAUCAGAGCCACCGCCACCAACAACACUUCUCUCCCGCGGUGCAAGUCCGAGGGGACGCUCAUCGAUCUCAGCGAAGGAGUGUCCGAAGCCAGUCUGACUGAUGUCAAAGUGCCUUCUCCCAGUGCCUUGCGACUGGACGCAACUGCUUCCUUCGGGACUGCCAGGGAAGUUGUUGCUAUUAAGGACUACUGCCCAUCCAGCUUCACCACCCUGAAGUUCUCUAAAGGGGAUCGCCUCUACGUUCUAGACUCAUCAGGAGGUGAGUGGUGGUAUGCCCACAACAACACAGAGAUGGGUUACAUCCCUGCUGCUUAUGUGCAGCCCAUCAACUACAGAGACUCGUCCUUCAGUGACAGUGGGAUGAUUGACACCGUAGGAGACUGCAACGAGGAGGCAGCCAAAGAAAUGGACCUUCUAGGAGAGUGGGCCGGGGUGAUUUUGAAACCAACAACCUUCCAAAACAGAAAUCCUUUUGCAGCAACCCAUACCUCUACAAACCCUUUCCUAAACGGGGGGCCUCAGAGCUCACUUGAUCAGAACAGUAAUGAGAAAUCAGUUGACCUCCUCCUGUUCGAUACACUCACUCCAUCAGUGCCCAAUUCCACCAGCAGCACUGCUGACAUCAAUGGCUUUGGCAGCGGCGUUUUUAACUUGAACCCUCUUAGUCCCACUGUAGGGGUCGGGCAAACCUUGCGCAGGGACAACCCAUUUUUUAGAAGCAAACGUUCCUACAGUCUGUCUGAGCUGUCUAUCCUGCAGGCUCAGUCCGACGCCCCUCAGACCUCCAACAGUUUCUUCGGAGGUCUUAAAGCACCGGCACCAGAGCAGUUCCAAAGCAGGGAGGAUUUCCGGACAGCGUGGCUCACCCACCGCAAGCUAGCCAGGUCCUGCCAUGACUUGGACUCGCUGGGUCAGAACCCAGGCUGGGGCCAAACACAACCAGUGGAGACCAACAUUGUCUGUCGGCUGGACAGCUCAGGAGGUGCUGUCCAGCUUCCGGACACCAACAUCAGCAUCCAUUUACCCGAGGGCCACGUGGCCCCAGGGGACACCCAGCAGAUUUCAAUCAAAGCUCUGCUCGACCCGCCCUUAGAGCUGAACAACGACCGCUGCACCACUGUCAGCCCUGUGGUGGAGAUCAAACUCAGCAACAUGGAGACCAAAACCACUGUUACCCUGGAAAUGAAAGUGUCUGUUGUGGUGAAAAUGGAAAGCAGGCAGAUGACAGAAGUCUUGUGUGUCAGGAGUGAUUGUAAAGAGGGACCUUACAGCCCCAUUCCUCAGGCGUACAUGUAUGGGGACACCGUCCAGGUGUGCCUGGAUAACCUUGAACCGUGCAUGUAUGUGUGUGUUGUGGCUCAGUCCCAGUCCAUAUCCCCAGACUCCACAGUUUGGGAGCAUGUUGUUAAAAAGAUCACCUUAGGGGUAUAUGGUCCCAAACAUAUUCACCCGUCCUUCAAAACAGUCGUGGCCAUGUUUGGCCACGAUUGUGCUCCAAAAACAUUAUUGGUGAGUGAGGUAGGCAAACAGGUGCAGUCUGCACCAUCAGUUGUCCUGCAGCUCUGGGGUAAACACCAGUUUGUCUUGUCCAAACCCCAGGACCUCUGUGUUGGAGUUUACUCCAACAUGGCCAAAUAUGAGGUAAAGGCUAGUGACCAGGCCAGAGUGGUCCGGGGCUUCCAGGUUAAAUUAGGCAAAGUCAGCAGGCUCAUCUAUGUCAUUGCCUCACGCAGCACUGAAGAUGUUUCUGAUUUCACCUUAAGAAUCCAGGUCAAAGACGACCAAGAUUGUAUACUGGCUCAGUUUUGUGUCCAGACACCAACACCGCCACCCAAAGCAGGCCCAAAGACAUCAGUGCAACGGCGCUUCCUGAAGAAGAAGGAAGUGGGCAAGAUUGUCUUGUCACCUCUCGCCAUCGCCACCAAGUAUCCUGUUUUCCAGGACAGGAGAAUAAAUAACCUGAAGUUUGGCAAAUUAAUCAAAACUGUCAUCCGACAAACAAAAAAUCAGUACUUGCUCGAGUAUAAAAAAGGAGACUUUGUAGCUCUGUUGAGUGAGGAGAAGAUCAAGCUGAAAGGCCAGCUGUGGACAAAAGAAUGGUACAUUGGAUAUUAUCAGGGCAAAAUGGGAUUUGUUCAUGCAAAGAAUGUGCUAGUGGUUGGCAAAGUGAAGCCCAUUUACUUCAGUGGGCCUGACCUUACAACUUCAUUGUUACUGGAGCAGAUACUGAAGCCCUGCAAAUUCCUCACGUACAUCUAUGCCUCUGUCAGAACUAUACUGAUGGAGAACAUCGGCAACUGGAGAGCGUUUGCGGAUGCGCUCGGAUACAUCAACCUGCCCUUGACCCAUUUCUGUCGCGCAGAGCUUGACAGCGAACCUGAAAGGGUCGCAUCAGUGCUGGAGAAGCUGAAGGAGGACUGCAACAAUGCCGAGAGCAAAGAGCGGAAGUCCUUCCAGAAAGAACUCCUGACUGCCCUGUUGAAGAUGGACUGUCAGGGUCUCGUGGCCAGACUGGUGAUGGACUUUGUCCUCUUGACCACGGCGGUGGAGGUGGCAGGACGCUGGAGGGAGCUGGCUGAGAGGCUCGCCAAGGUUUCACGCCAGCAGAUGGAUGCUUACGAGGCACCACAUCGCGACAAGAACGGGGUAGUGGACAGUGAGGCCAUGUGGAAACCCGCGUAUGACUUCCUGGUCACAUGGGCCGCUCAGAUAGGCGAUAGCUACAGGGACGUGAUCCAGGAGUUGCACAUGGGGUUGGACAAGAUGAAGAACCCGAUCACCAAACGCUGGAAGCACCUGACCGGCACACUCAUCCUGGUCAAUUGCCUGGACGCCCUGCGGAGCUCUGCCUUCAGCCCUGCUGCUCAGGACGACUAUGCCAUCUAAACUGGAUGGUAAUCCUGCUGGUGUUUCCCCACACCAGCUAACCUCGCUCUGCUGGAGCAAACAGUUACACAGUUUGAAAUGCUGCAUUAUCAGCUGUCCGCUAACUCUGAAUGCCACUACUGCUGUCCUAUGUUGUUGUUCUGUUCCUGCGGCGCCGCCUUCAGCUCCUCGUGCCCAGAGGAACAUGGUCGAACUGCUCCCACGCCUCCGUGGCUGCUGGCCAAAAAUCACAGUGCUGUAGGGAGCUUGCAGUAUUCAGAAAUACUCUUUUAAUAGUUCCUGUCUUGCAUAGUUAUGUAUUUUUGUACUCUUAUUAUGGCACAGCAUUUUUUAAAGCAAAUCGUUGAACCCUUUGGUGAAGAACAGUGGAUUAAAUGAAAGACACUUUUUUAAGAAGAGACACUUUUUGAUAUUGUAUCCUUGUUACCAUAGCCUUGUCACACGUGUCAAAUCUGUUCUAUUUAUUUGUACAUGAAAGAGAAAAGAUACUUCUUCUUCUUAAAGUUGAUUCUCAUUGUGGUUGUCAGUUCAGAGAUCCAAAUAUUCUGCUGUAAGACCUGGCACUGAAGAAAACAGAAUUUAUUAAUCAGAUUUUAAUCAAGCUCUCCACUAGUGCCAGACAUUGAGUCAAUUAAUUGAAUAUUCUUUUUACUGAACAUUAAUCAACAACAGAUUAAAUAGACUAAAUUGAUUGUUUGCAGCAAGAAUGUCUCAUUUGUCAACUCAAGGUCCUUGUUCUGGUGCUUUUGACCAUAUCACCUGGUCUUCAUCAGCAUGUCAGUUUGCUCAGCUGUGGUAGAGCUACUGUAGAUGUCUAUCUUUCCACAACUCUGAGAGCCGCCAGGGCUUCUCACCCAUGUUGACUUAAACUCAACAGACCCUUUCCACAGCAGACACUUUGACUUGUCAAAGCAGAAAAGGUACAGAUGGAAUUAAUAAUGAUGAUGAUUGAUGGCUGCAUUCCAUGUAGGUGAACCAGUUCCACAGUCUUGUAUUUUGCAUUCUUACUCACUGACAACAAUUAACGCAAAUUCCACCAAUCCCUGGGAAUUUUGCACAACUUUGCAAAUUUGACCAAUUUUUGUAGUUUCCUGCGUAAAUGUUGAGCCACACGUCACUAAACUUGCUUCCUUGUUUCUAGUUGUGACGAUGCAGACCAUAUGCAACGCGAACGUCUCACUUUCACCUUCCAAACAAUGUGAUUUUAUUCUUUUAUUGAAAUAACUUAUACACAAAUAUUCAAAA